UUCAGUCAUUUAACAUUUUUUACAAAAUAUCCAAGUAAACAUGGCAAAAUUACUAUCUUAUUACCGUUUGUGCCCCCUAAUCGACACGAAAAAUUUAUUAGGAAUAGCCGAAGAUACAGAAAAAGGUAUUGUUAUAGUCACGUUGGGCCGAAAUAUAGCAAUCAAGUACAGAUUGUCCGAUCAAAAACAAAUAUGCAGUUGGAGAAGCAAAGAAAAGUUCAGUUCCCUGGUGCAGUACGACAAGAAACUGGAAAAAUAUGUAGCAGUAUUCAACCAGACAUUUGUGCGGAUUUGGUCUGAAGACGAGGAAACUUUGGAUAAAGUUAAAAAGUAUAAAUUUAACCAUCCAAUUCACACCAUUAUAAAUCACAAUGGUGAAACAUUUGUUGUAUUUAAAACUGGCUCCGUUUACCCUUUAAAUGAAAUAUUAGAAGAUCGAAAAACUUUUACACCAGCUACAAUAAGUGAAGAUGUAGAAAUCCAUGAUGUUCUCCAUAUAUCCUUAGAGGAAGACUUGUAUGUAGGCUUUUUAUCAAAAACACUAGAGGGUUUUACAUUUUACUGGACAAUUUAUACCUACUAUUCAAAAAAUGCCUUUUCAAAAGAAAAUUUAAUCAAUGAAGAUGUCUUGAAAGGUUACUCCCUAUUUGCGAGCAAUAAAAAAGUACAUUUGUUAACAAUAUGGGACAAUGCAAAAAUUUACAAAAAAGAACUAGUGAGACAUGAUAAAGAACAAUCAGACUUGGGGGAGCUAUUUAUAAUACUAGAAAACAUUUCUGCAGAGCAUUUUGUCAAAAUUGUUCCUUUAGAUGAUAAAUAUAUUGCCAUUUAUGGCUCAGAUCCCAAUGAAGAAGGUGCUAUACUUUUAAUUUAUAAUACACAGUUUAAAGUUACUCAAUCAAAGCAAAUACAUAAAUUGUACGCUAAUGAUGCAAAACUAUGGAGGACUUAUAACUUUAUUUUACUUCCUGUUGGACAGAAUCUGAUUGUAGUGCCUUUCAAUUUAGAUUGUGAACAGUUGGUGGCUUUAAUUGGAAGCCAUAAACCAGUACAAACAAAAAUUGACUCUGAUAUUGCUUUUGUUACCGAAUAUGAAGUUGCUAAUUGGAAUAAUGAAGAAAAUGUAGCUACUAAGAAGAAAAAAAAUAAAAAGUUGCAAAAGCAAAAAGCUAAUAGUAGUUUUACAAGUAAACUGGAAGAAUAUUACAAAGAAGGCCUACCAGAAGCUUUAAUUUUGGAGCAAAUUAUUCCAGAAAUUUUAGAAGAGAGCAACAUUAAGUUAAUGGAAGAUUGUUUAAGAGCAUUCACUGACAUUCCUGAAGCAUUUUUAGCAAAAAUUUUACAGUUAUUACUGGUGUGUAAUAAAAAGAAGUUUACCAAAUCUGAUACUAAGGAAUACAAUCAAAUCCCUGAAGAAUUAUUGCCCAAUCAACGAAUUGCUUUGCUAGAUAAAGUUUUAGCAAGACCUUUCAGUGAUAUUCUCUUAUUACCUCAUUUAAAAAGUCAAUUAUCUGUAGACGAAGCUGUAUUGCUUUUACAAUACCUAAUUCUACAAUUAUCUGAAGAAGGUCACAAUUUGCCAUCGAUGAACGCUUCAAAAACAGAAGAAUGCUUGAUAAAAUGGACAAGUUUAGUUCUGGAUUCUAACUAUCAAAAGUUUGUGCUCUCAAAAGACAGUAUAAUUGAAGGUGUUAUGAUAAAAUGUAAAAAUAUGGUCGAAGAACAUUUAGAAGUUGUGGAAAGUUUGAAAUCAAUUGUUCCAGUGCUAUCCAAACUUGAAGCUGAAGCAAAAGGAAAGAGUUACAGUAGUGGAAGACUAGCUAAUGGUUUCUACAGUAUUGAGAUAAUAGAUUAUUAAGUUUGUACAAAAAUAAAAGUUUUUCUUGGG